GGUCACGGUGGGCCGUGGUUGAGAUAAUAAAUAGAGUAGUUGUUUGGAAUGGUUGGCAGGGGAUGGUAAGGUUAUUAUUCCCAUGGAAUAACUUGAAGUUUGUAGUCUGUAUGAUAAGACUGAGAUAUAUAAACGCCAGACUUGUUACGUAAAACAUGAAAUAUUCCUGCAAGGUGUCGUGUCUCCGCAAGCCUGACACCUGUUGAGUGCGUCUAAGACAGCAUGGCUGGGGAAUUAUUGAGUGUGGAGCACUGCUUGGAGAACCAUCUCCCUGAACAAGAACUGAAGGAGGUGAAGAGGAUCCUGUACGGCAGAGAACAUGUCCCCAUUGAAAUUCCUGAAGAGGCUAAAAGAUUGGCCCAGCAACACAACUUUGAGGUGAAAGGUUACCAGAUAACAGCCAAAAAGGAGGAACUCGCUCCUCCCAGAGUGGUUCGUAUUGGUCUUGUGCAGAACUCCAUUGCUGCUGAGACCACUGCACCUGUGGCAGUCCAGCGUUCAGCGCUGCACAACAAGAUCUCUCGCAUCACUGAGGCCGCUGCGUCAUGUGGUGUCAAUGUGCUGUGUUAUCAAGAGGCUUGGACCAUGCCCUUUGCUUUCUGUACAAGGGAGAAACAGCCGUGGUGUGAAUUUGCUGAGGAAGCUGACUGUGGACCCACCACACAGCUGUGCCAGGAGCUGGCACAGAAAUACAACAUGGUGAUUGUGUCACCAAUCCUUGAGCGAGACAGCAUCCAUGGGGACACCCUCUGGAACACUGCUGUUGUAAUCAGCAACAAUGGACAUGUGCUGGGCAAGACCCGCAAGAAUCACAUUCCUCGAGUAGGAGACUUCAACGAGUCUACCUACUACAUGGAAGGAGACACUGGCCAUGUUGUUUUCCAGACACAGUUUGGUCGUCUUGCUGUCAACAUUUGUUAUGGACGCCACCACCCUCAGAAUUGGAUGAUGUAUGGCGUCAAUGGUGCAGAAAUAGUGUUCAAUCCAUCAGCCACUGUUGGAGGUCUGAGUGAGCCUUUGUGGGCCAUUGAGGCAAGGAAUGCAGCCAUUGCUAACAGCUAUUUUGCUUGUGCCAUUAAUCGUGUUGGUACUGAGGUCUUCCCCAAUGAGUUCACUUCUGCUGAUGGCAAGCCAGCUCACAAAGACUUUGGUCACUUCUAUGGGUCAUCAUAUGUUGCUGCUCCUGAUGGCUCUCGUACCCCAGGUUUGUCAAGGAACAAGGAUGGACUUCUGGUUACUGAAGUAGACCUGAAUCUCUGUCGUCAGGUCAAGGAUCACUGGGGCUUCAGGAUGACCCAACGCCUUGAUCUGUAUGCAAGCUCCCUCUCAGCAGCCAUCAUGCCCAACUACCAGCCACCCAUCGUCAGAGACUCCUGCUAAGUGUCUAAAAAACUCAUCGGAAUAAUAGCUCAAUCAUCAAAUUUUCUCAUACAAAAUUUAUAGUUAUAAUAUUGAAGUAUUUUCUUGUAAGCCAUAUGUGCCUUUUUGAUGUGUGAUUUGAUACUUGGUGUUGAUGCAUACACUGAUUGUGAUCUUCAUAGCUGAGAGUUUAGGUGUAAAGGUUCACCGAGAUGAGCCAGUGACUGCUUGGCUCAGUGGGAACACUUGCCACUUCUUAAUGCUAUUUCAAGGCCAGCAAUUCCAAGGCCACAAAAUACACAUAUAUGGUAUUGGAAUGUAUAUUGUUUAUUCUCGCAAAGUAGUAUAAAAUAGAUACAUUAUAUUUAGUUAUAUUAUAUCUUUAUUAUGCUUCAUUAACUUUGCAAUAGUAUACUUCACUAAUGUUGAUGUUAUGAUAUAAUGAGUAUUAAGAAAGUGUUCUGCAUAAUUAAUUAGAGACCUAAGAUUAUUUUGCCAUUCAGUUUGUCGGUUACCAGUUGGUGUUAAAUGAAUCUUCCUAAAUGCAGGACUGACACACCAGAUAACUUUAAUUCAUCGGGAUAAAAUCCACAAAUGGUGCUAGUGUAAGAUAGUAGUUAAACAUUAUUAUUGAUGUGUUACAGUCUCCCAGGGGUUUAUGUGAGCUGUAUUUUAUUAUUUUAGGUUGGAUAUAUGAUAUCACUCAUGGAGAAGCUCAGGGGACCAUAAAUCUUAUUUUGAGCUGCCUGUGUCGCACAGCAGGUGGCAGGCCAUGCUUCUGGGGCAGUAAAAUGUUAACUUUGAUAUAUUGAGGGAAUAUAUCAAAGAAAUCACAAUCCAAAUAAUAAAAGGUCAUCUCCACCUCCAACUAUAUAUUGACAUUCCUAUUCCUCAUUAAGCACACUGUCCAUGUAUUAACCUUUCUGGGAUAUCUAUCAUUCCAAAUCUUCAAAUACAGCACACAAGUUAUAGUGGAGUGGAGGUAAGCAGUCUACAACACUGUGUAUUGAUGUUGUCUCAGUUGUUUUGUAGGUGCAUUGUAGUGAAGUUCAUAUAAUUGUGGCAUUCUUCAUAUUUUAAGAUAGGUUUCUCUUGGAAGAGUUGUGUAAGCUCCAAGACUUGACCACAAGCAAGUUGGUGUUUAUGUGAUAUAUGUUUACAACUGUAUGUGUUCAGAGGUCAGAAAUUAUCGUGAGACAGAAAUACAGGUUGUCUCAUUGAUAGAAAAUGAAGUAAAUGUGCCUUUAUAGUAUAAUUUAAAAAUGUCUAUUGUAUAGUCUUUAUCUUUGUUGUAUUUCAAAUUAGUAUGUUGAUUCUAUUUAGUGUUGUAAGAUGUUAUGCUCUUGAUCUGAUUGUUGAUUUAAUCUCAUAGUUUAUUUGCUUUAUGAUGUUUACAUAGUGAUGGAUUAGUUAGACUCCUGCUCAUUUGAUUGUCUUCCUCAGAAAUAUUGAAGAUCUCCUUAUCAAAGCUUCAAAUGAUAAAGUAUUAUGAACAUAAUUAUGAUAAAGUAUUAUGAACAUAUAUUUUUGACAUUUUUCAAACAAUGUAAUUUUGGACAAUAAAUUGAGUGGUUUAU